AUGGCGACGUAUAAGCUGGGCGUGGAGGUCGCAAGCGCUCAUGACCUGAUGCCCAAGGACGGGCAUGGUUCAGCCAGCGCCUGCGUCGAGCUCAACUUUGACGGCCAGCGGUUCCGAACGGCCAUCAAGGAGAAAGAUCUGAACCCGGUGUGGAACGAGCGCUUCUACUUCAACGUCUCCGACCCAUCCAACCUCCCUGAGCUCGCUCUCGAGGCGUACGUCUACAACGUCAACAAGUCUGUCGAGGCUUCCAGGUCCUUCCUCGGCAAGGUCAGGAUUGCCGGGACCUCGUUCGUGCCCUUCACGGACUCUGUUGUCAUGCACUAUCCGCUGGAGAAGCGUGGGAUGUUCUCGCGCGUCAAGGGUGAAUUGGGCCUGAAAGUGUACAUCACCAAUGACCCCAACAUCAGGGCUUCAAACCCUCUUUCGGCGAUGGACCCUGUCUCGAAUAGUUCUCCUCCAACUCCGAGUCAUGCUGAGCAGAUCGCGGCUGAUAUAACCGGUACUAAUCUGAACAAUUCUCAGGAGCACAGGAAUGAGGUGAGAACCUUGCAUACCAUUGCCAAGGACGUGCAUCAUAGUCAACAUGGCCAUCUUCCAGCCUCUUUUGCCGGGCAGCCUACCAACUCCAAGUAUGGUGUUGAGCAAAUGAAACCUGAACCACAGCAGCCCAAGAUUGUCAGGAUGUAUUCAGCAGCCUCCCAGCAGCCCAUGGACUAUGCACUCAAAGAAACUAGUCCCUUUCUUGGUGGUGGACAGAUUGUUGGUGGUCGGGUUAUACGUGGUGAGAAGCAUGCUAGUACUUAUGAUCUAGUGGAGAGAAUGCAGUAUCUGUUUGUGCGUGUGGUCAAGGCAAGGGACCUGCCUGACAUGGACAUCACUGGGAGCCUAGAUCCUUUUGUGGAAGUGAGAGUUGGCAACUACAGGGGCAUAACUAAGCACUUCGAGAAGCAGAGGAACCCUGAAUGGAAUGCUGUCUUUGCUUUCUCUAGAGAUCGUAUGCAGGCGUCUGUCCUUGAAGUGUUGGUCAAAGACAAGGAUGUUAUGAAGGAUGAUUUUGUUGGCAUGGUGCGCUUCGAUUUGAAUGAUGUACCGAUACGUGUGCCCCCUGACAGUCCACUGGCUCCAGAAUGGUACCGGCUUGUUCAUAAGACUGGGGAUAAGUCAAGAGGCGAGCUGAUGCUGGCAGUUUGGAUUGGCACCCAAGCUGACGAGGCAUUUCCUGAUGCAUGGCAUUCAGAUGCUGCUACACUUGAUGACCCAUCUGCUGUAGCACACAUGAAGUCGAAAGUUUACCAUGCUCCCAGAUUGUGGUAUCUUCGAGUUAAUAUAAUUGAGGCCCAAGAUAUUCUCAUACACGAUAAGACCCGCUAUCCAGAUGUUUUUGUUAGAGCACAAGUUGGGCAUCAGAAUGGGAGGACAAAGCCUGUUCAAGCUAGAAACUUCAACCCAUUUUGGAAUGAAGACCUUAUGUUUGUGGCUGCUGAACCGUUUGAGGAUCACCUUAUUCUGACGCUUGAAGACCGUGUAGCUCCUAACAAAGAUGAGAUGCUUGGCCGCAUAAUCAUACCAUUGACAAUGAUUGAUAGACGGGCUGAUGACCGUAUUGUCCAUGGGAAAUGGUUUAAUCUAGAGAAGCCUGUACUAGUUGAUGUGGACCAACUGAAGAAGGAGAAGUUCUCUAGCCGCCUUCAUCUCCGCCUCUGCCUUGAUGGAGGGUAUCAUGUUCUGGAUGAGUCAACAAACUACAGCAGUGACCUCAGGCCAACAGCAAAGCAACUCUGGAAGCCAUCCAUUGGUUUGCUCGAGCUUGGAGUCCUAGGUGCUCAAGGGAUUGUUCCAAUGAAGACACGAGAUGGAAAAGGUUCAUCAGACACUUAUUGUGUUGCAAAGUAUGGGUCAAAGUGGAUAAGAACACGUACUAUCAUGAACAAUCCAAACCCCAAGUUCAAUGAACAAUACACCUGGGAAGUCUAUGAUCCGGCAACUGUCCUGACUAUUGGUGCUUUUGACAAUGGCCAGCUUGGAGACAGGAAUGGGGAGAAGUCCAGUGGUAAAGAUGCGAAAAUUGGCAAGGUUCGAAUUCGUCUUUCGACACUAGAAACUGGCCGUGUGUACACCCACUCUUAUCCUCUCCUGGUUCUACACCCAUCAGGGGUGAAAAAGAUGGGAGAGCUGCACCUAGCAAUACGAUUUUCGUCAACGUCAUUGGUGAACAUGCUGUACCUGUACUCUCGACCUCUGCUACCGAAGAUGCACUAUGCCCGUCCAAUACCAGUGCUUCAGGUUGACAUACUGCGCCAUCAAGCUGUCCAGAUUGUGGCUGCCCGUCUUAGCCGAAUGGAGCCACCUCUGAGAAAGGAAGUUGUUGAGUACAUGUCAGAUUUUGAUUCUCACUUGUGGAGCAUGAGGCGAAGCAAAGCAAACUUCUUCAGACUUAUGUCAGUCUUCUCAGGCGUGUUUGCAGUCAGCAAGUGGUUCAGUGGUGUCUGCGCAUGGAGGAACCCAAUUACCACAGUGCUAGUCCACAUCCUCUUUAUCAUGCUGGUGUGCUUUCCGGAGCUCAUACUCCCAACAAUUUUCUUGUACAUGUUUCUGAUAGGGAUUUGGAACUACCGUUAUCGACCUCGCUACCCUCCACACAUGAACACCAAGAUCUCUCAUGCAGAGGCUGUUCACCCAGAUGAACUUGACGAAGAAUUUGACACAUUCCCGACAAGCCGGAGUCAAGAGAUUGUAAGGAUGAGGUAUGAUAGGCUGAGGAGUGUUGCUGGAAGGAUACAGACUGUUGUCGGUGAUAUAGCAACUCAAGGGGAGAGAAUCCAAGCACUGCUUAGUUGGAGGGACCCUCGGGCCACAUCAAUAUUUGUCCUAUUUUGUUUCAUGGCUGCUAUAGUGCUGUACGUCACACCUCUCCAAGUUCUUGCAGCAAUAGGAGGGUUCUAUGCCAUGAGGCACCCAAGGUUCAGACACAGGUUGCCUUCGACGCCGGUGAACUUCUUUAGACGUUUACCAGCAAGGACCGACAGCAUGCUAUGAAGUCUGGCAUCUGGUGGCCUUAUCGUUGUAAUCCGUAGAAAUAUUCCAUGUCUGUUGCUGUAGUUUGCCUCUCUUGUUAUCUGUAACUGUGUUUGUUGUUCAGAACUUAAGAACCUGUCUAUCGUAUUAGUUGCGGAGUCCAGGGAAUAAUGUGCUGACAGCUUAUCAUGACUCAGCAGGUUUUGGAAUCGUGCUGAUCGUUGUAAGAUAUCUAGUAUUUUAAUGUUCAAUAUCGUGCUCGACUGGUUAUUGCGGUCUGUAUAUCUGUGUUUCUUACCACUUGAGUAAUUGCAUCUUUCAACAUGUCUUUCUGUGGCUAGUUUCUGCAUCCAAGGUUUUUGCGUGAAUUUGACCUGAUUCUUGUGCAUGCCUUGAUUAAAAUGAUGCUGCUUUGACUUCUGUAACAAUGGUUGUAUGACUAUAUUUGGCAGAAACAAUUGCUUAUAACUAUGUUUCCUUCCCUUCCAUUUGCAUUUUAAUUUUAAAUGCUGUCCAUUAAGGAAUGGCCAAAGGUAAGUAAUUGUAGUAGCUGGUGUACAGUAGGCCCAAAGUAUUUUGUCUACUUCUCAUUGUAGCAUUCUAGGCCAUUGAAAUAAUUGUGAUUUAG